CGCGGUGCGCUGUGCUCACGCCGGCCCUGUGCGCUCCGUCGACCGCGCGCGGCGCAAAAUCAAUAUAACGACGCCCGAUGUCGUCGUCGGGACGGUGUUCCCGGUCAAGCAUGUGCUUUCGGCGUCGAGUCGUAAUGAACGUCAGUGUACCUGUGUAAAGCGACGGUGAGAUACACAACAAACAUCGUCGUCGGGAAGUGAUCAGAGCACUUCCUCGUGCACGGUCGCGCCGGAGAAAAGCGAUGCACAUCCAGGACCAUGACGCCUUCUCCUCCACUGCCUCCAGCGGUCCAAAAAGACUUGGAGGACGUCGGGAAGUGGCUGGAGUCCCAUCCGGAAGCCUUCGAAAGAUGGUUGAAAGACCAUGCGUCUCAAGAUUUAAAGCAACGCGUUCAAAAUGCUGUGACAACACCUCAUACACAGCAACACAUCACCAAGAACUCAAAUAUCUCAUCUGAUAUUUUCCAACUGUGGCUGGCCGCAUCUCCAGCCAACAAUAAUCAGCAUCUACAAAAUAUCCGUCCUGACUAUGAAUCCCUGGAGGAAUCAGAACUUUUUAUGGAACUCAUCCGUGACGUAGCGAAUGAACUAGACAUAGACGUGCUGUGUUACAAAAUUUUAAAAAACGUCAGCAUUCUCACCCACGCGGACCGAGGUUCCCUCUUUCUAGCCCGAUCGACGGGGGAAGAGAAGUACCUCGUCCCUAAACUGUUCGACGUCAGGCACGAUUCCUCCUUCGACGAAGCCAUCAGACUGUCCAGGUCUGAGGAACUGAAGAUACCGUUCGGCGUUGGGAUUGCCGGGACAGUGGCGCAGACGAAGACGCUUAUCAAUAUCAGGGACGCAUACAAGGAUCCACGUUUUAACAAUGAAAUAGACCUGCGGACCGGUUACAGGACGAAUUUGAUACUGUGUAUGCCCAUCUGCAACUACGAAGGCGACGUCAUAGGUGUUGCCCAAAUCAUCAACAAAACCAACGAUUCGCAAGAUUUUACUGCUCAAGAUGUCGAAGUUUUCCAACGGUAUCUAACUUUUUGCGGGAUAGGGAUUCAAAAUGCACAACUUUUCGAAGUGUCGGUAUUGGAGUACAAACGAAAUCAGAUUCUCCUGAAUUUGGCACGGAGCAUUUUCGAGGAGCAGAGUAAUCUGGAAUGUCUAGUGACGAAAAUAAUGAGGGAAGCCCAAGACUUACUCAAGUGUGAACGUUGCGCUGUGUAUUUGCUUGAUUUGGAUUGCUGCGAAGCGAGCCACUUAGAGCGCAUCAUUGAACGUCCAGGCAAGUCUCUGGAGCGAUACGCUCCCCUGAAUCGAGUGGAAAGCGGCACACUGACGGCGGAAGACAUGCGAGAAAAUGGAUUGCGGAAACCGAGCGUAUUUACAACCGUGUUUGAAUUGAGAGAUUGUGGAACACAGACGCUCGUUUCGAGGCCGUCAUCCUUUGACUUAGCAAGCUCAACAUUAGCUCAAAUAGCAGGAUAUGCCGCUUCCACGGGCCAAAUUCUUAACGUAGGAGACGUCAGAUCGUGGCUUAAGGAACAACAUAGUGAAGGAGAUGCUGAGACUGCCAGAACUAUACUGUGUAUGCCAAUUAUAAAUGGAAAGAAAUCACUAAUAGGUGUGGCUCAGCUCAUCAAUAAGGAAAACAACGCCCCCUUCACGGAAUGCGACGUUUCUUUAUUCGAGGCCUUCGCCAUCUUCUGCGGUCUUGGGAUUCACAACACCCAAAUGUACGAAAGCGCUUGCAAACUGAUGGCUAAGCAGAAAGUCGCUCUGGAGUGUCUAUCAUAUCACGCUACGGCCAACGAUGAAUCAACGGAGAAGUUGGUCAAAGAACAAAUCCCGUCGGCCGAUUGUUUUAAUCUGUACAGUUUUACUUUUAUCGAUUUCGAGCUUUCUGACGAAGAUACUUGUAAGGCUACGUUGAGAAUGUUUAUGGAAUGUAAUUUGGUGCAGCAGUUCCAUAUACCUUAUGAGGUUUUAUGUAGGUGGACUUUAAGCGUAAAGAAAAACUACAGACCAGUGAAAUAUCACAAUUGGAGGCACGCCCUCAAUGUAGCUCAAACAAUGUUUGCAAUGUUCAAGACAGGAAAAAUGGAAAGGUUUAUGUCCGACCUAGAGAUACUGGGCCUGCUAGUCGCUUGUCUGUGUCACGAUCUGGACCAUCGAGGUACCAACAAUGCGUUCCAGAUGAAGACAGACUCACCGCUGGCAGUACUCUAUUCGACUAGUACCAUGGAACAUCAUCAUUUCGAUCAAUGCGUGAUGAUUCUUAAUACAGACAGCAAUAAUAUUUUCCAAGCAUUAUCUCCUGAUGAUUACCGCAAGGUAAUGAGAAUAGUAGAGACUGCUAUUUUAUCAACCGAUUUGGCGAUGUAUUUUAAGAAGAAAAAUAAGUUUCUAGAGCUAAUCGAUGACGGCGAAUUCGAUUGGCAAAGUGAUGACAAAAAGGAGUUACUGUCCGGCAUGAUGAUGACGGCGUGUGACGUCAGCGCUAUAGCGAAACCUUGGGAUGUCCAGCACAGAGUUGCAAAGUUAGUAGCAGAUGAAUUCUUCGAUCAAGGAGAUUUGGAAAAGCUGCAACUGAAGGAGCAACCUAUUGCACAAAUGGACAGAGAAAGGAAGGACGAACUUCCUCAAAUGCAGGUCGGUUUCAUCGAUGUGAUAUGCCUUCCAUUGUACAGAGUCUUAUCCGAAACUUUCCCGUGGAUGAAUCCUCUGUAUCAAGGAACACUUGAAAACCGACAGCAUUGGCAGGAUUUAGCGGAAAAGGUAGAAAUGGGACUUACAUGGAUCGACCAUGAUACCAUCGAUAAACCUGUUGAAGCAUUCACAGAUCCAGAAGAGACCAAAGAUAUAGAAUUAACAGUGCAAACCUUCCAUCCAGUAACUUCAUCUCCUCCCAUAGAAAUCAAAAAGAGGCACAAGCAUAGGUUUUGUUGUAUAUUGUGACAAAAGGUAGCGAAGAAUAUACAAUACUUGUAGGACUCCUAUUAGAUCAAAAAUAAAAUGCUCAUAGCUCAGAGUUCUUCACGGCUAUUUUUGAUGUACGUGUUGUUUAAGUGUUUCUUUUAACAAAAACUCACCUAAAGGCUUGGUGUUACAAUGUCAGUAAUUUUUAGUAUGACUCUUAAAAGAUAUUAAAAUGGGAUAUAGGGAUAUAGAACAACCGGAAUAUUAUAAGUGCUUUAUCGACUUCGAAAAGGCUUUUGACCGUGUCACCCACGACAAACUAAUACGUGUCUCACAACAGGUGAGAAUUGAUAACCAAGACCUCCGUGUUAUCAAAAAUUUGUAUUGGCAUCAAUGUGCAAUCAUAACACGACGAAAGCACUGGAAAUACAACGUGGAGUAAGCCAAGGGUGUAUUUUAUAGCGUCUUUAAUAUCUACUUGGAAUUUAUUUUCAAAAAAGGAAUUAAUAUCAAAAAUCUCAGACACGUAGACGGCUCGGUACUGAUUGCUUCCAAUGAAAAGAGUUGCAACGACUGGAAGAGUUGCAAUAUUUUGGCCAUUUAAUCAGAUAUUCAGAGAGGUAUAACCUUUUACACCUUCUAAUAGAGGGCAAGAUUGCCGGAAGAAACGACUCAGACCGAAAAAAAAAACAUUCUGGCUCUGAAAUCUCUGAGAAUGGUUUCAAGAAACAUCGGCUAAUCAGCUAAUAGACUGAGAGGCAGUGCCAAAAAGUCUCUCUGAAUUUACUAAAGCUAGUUUUUUCACAGUUGAUUACCGUGAUUGUGUAGAGAAACAUACUGAGAUCGGUCAAGCGAAACGUAGAACAGGUGGUACUGACAGCUUGCCAAAGAUUAAAUCCAUUUACUAAGGCUGAAAAUCAGUAUCACAUUCUAAAUUGAAUAUAAAUAAAAGUUAUUAUAGUCGGUCAGCUGUAUAGCUGUAUGACGGGACAGAGCCGGUCAGUCGGCCCCAAUGAAUGUACAGGGUUAUUCACUAUAUUUUGAUCCUCUUGUAAACUGAUUUAUUUACAGAAUUAGAAAAAAAUGUAAAAUACAAAAGUUAUUCGAUUUUUUAAUUAUGAUUUUUUGACAUAUAUAUCGUACUAGUGACGUCAUCCAUCUGGGCGUGAUGACGUAAUCAACUAUUUUUUUAAUUGAGAAUAGGGGUGGAGUGCUAGCUCAUUUGAAAGGUUAUUAAAUUCUCUAUGCAGUAAUAUAAACAUUAAGAUCAUUAGAUAUUUAUACAGGGUGUCCAAAAAAAAUUUUUGAAUUAUUAAUUAAUUAAACAAUUAAUUUACUUUAAAAAAAAUUUUUGGACACUCUGUAUAAACAAUCAUGUUAAUGUUUAUAUUACUGAAUAGGAAAUUGAAUAACCUUUCAAAUGAGCUAGCACACGACCCCUAUUCUCAUUUAAAAAAUAGUCGAUUACGUCAU